CACCACCAGCUCGUCCCGCAGUCCGGCUGGCAUUCAGGUAAAAGAAGGAAACAGGACACAGCUGCAGCGCCGCAGUUCACGACCAACCCCUGAACAGACGCACUUUGUUUUGACCGCUCUUUCCUCCGACUCCUCCACGCUGAAACCUCCGCCUGUUGCACACUUCGUCUGUACCGAGGGAACAGUGUCUCUGUCUGUCGCGCUGGGAGCAUGGCUGCCAUCAAGGCUUUGGAGCAGUGGUGUAAAAUGCAGUGUGAUGGCUACCGAGAUGUGGCCAUCACCAACAUGACGACCUCAUUCAAGAACGGAUUGGCUUUCUGUGCGCUUAUACACAAGUACAGACCGGAACUGAUAGACUAUGACUCACUCAAAGAGGAGGAUGUGUUUGAGAACAACAGACUGGCUUUUCAGGUCGCAGAGGAGAAGUUGGGGAUUCCAGCUUUGCUAGAUGCAGAAGAUAUGGUGGCUUUAAGGAUCCCAGACAGGCUGAGCAUUCUUACCUACGUCUCCCAGUACCACAACUACUUCAAAGGAAGGCCUCCCAGUGAGAUGGGAGGUGUAAAAAGGCCAGCAGAGGGCUCCAAUGAGGAGCCGUCGGAGAAGAAAAAUCUCCCAGUGGUGGCCAAAAGCUUUGUGUCUAAAAACUCCAUUGAGAACCGUUUACCUUCCACUCUCACUGCGCAGACCUCACCCAAGCUGGCCAAAGCUGCUGUUCAGAAAGCAGUUCGUGCAGAAAACACCAACAACAAUGGGACUCUCAAUAGCAAAUGUGUUGCAUGCAAGAGCCAUGUUCAUCUGGUUCAGAGGCACUUUGUGGAAGGCAAGCUCUAUCACAGAAGCUGUUUCAAAUGCAGUGAAUGCUCCAGCGUCCUUCAUGCAGGAGGCUACAAACCUGGGAAGAAUCCAGAUACUUUUAUCUGUAACGCCCACCAGAACAGUUGCAAGCCAUCCUCCUCCAAGGCAGGGAUCAAGAACGGACCCGCCAGUUCAGCUGGGCGACUAAAUAGUCCCAGCCGGACUCAGCCUGCACCACGCCCAUCUUCUGUGCUGUCAGCCCCUCUGAAUAUUGUCCUGAAGCCAGUCAGUCCUACUCCACCUUCCCAGUCCUGGACGACCUCAGCCCAUAAGACGCAGACGGCCCGGCAGAGGUUUUUUCAGGCUGCAGCGCCAGUCAUAGAGUCCUCGAUAAGUAACAAGAAGCCUACAGAGCCCUCAAGUGUUUUAGGAAGGUCAAAGGUCCCACUGGAUCCUGAUGAUGAGAAGAGCAGAGCCAGGACAACCAUUGGAAAGAAAUUGGCAGAGGAAAACUGCAACAAUAACAACAAACGCCCAUUCACCAUCCGAUCAGCAGAGAGACGGUUUGGAGAUGAGCCAAGUUCAGCUGACAGCCCUGGUUUGAGAAAAGAUAAAUGCAGCCAAGUCCCAGCAGGAAACUGGGCAGGACAGCUCUCCACCAGCCAGACAAACAAUAAGGAACCGCCAUGUCUGAAGGCCAUCAACAAAGACAACACAAAGCCAACAACUGUACACACAACUGCCAAAGAUCCAGUCUGGGGGCAAUUGAAGCUCAAACCUGUGAAACUUGAGCUAGGUUUAAAAGAUGCUGAAGCCUUUACUGAGCAACAUAAAUCUGGAUUCAAGUCCACAACAUCCUCUUAUGUCCCCAAUAGAACAACGAGGCCUCCCUCAGCGCCAACACCUGCAGUACCUCCAGUUAGUUUUGCUCUGUUCGAUCCUGAACACUUCAGGGAAAUCUAUCCACAGAAACCUCAGCUUGGUUCUGGAAACCUUGGUUUCAAACAUGAGAGUUACUCGCCUGUGAAAUCCCCGAACAGACGGCCAGCUGUGGAAUCUAUUAGCUCAUCGACUGCUUCAGCCAAUCACAGAAAUCCGUCAGGUGCUAAAAAGGGAAAGUAUUUGUCACCCACCAACGCCUCCAGGACUGAAAUGAGGUCACCCUCUGUGAAGUCUUAUCACAUUCCAGCGGAGCAGAUUGAGAGGGACCUGAAUGAUAUUGAGACAAACUUGGCUCAUUUGGAGCAGGAGGGUGUGGAGCUGGAAAAGAAACUCCGCAGCUGCGAGGAAGAGGGGGAGGGAGAUAUAUUAAUCGACCCACUGAUGGUCGACUGGUUCAACUUGAUUCAAAAGAAGCAGAUGUACAUUCGGAACGAGUCGGAGCUUGUAUACAUAGCCAGGACUCAGGAGCUGGAGCAGCAGCAGCCAGGUGUGGAGGGGGAACUUCGCAGGCUGCUGGAGAAGCCAGAUCAUUUAAAGUCUAGAGAGGAGCAACAGCGGGAGAAGAAGUUGAUGCAGAGACUGGUGGAGAUAGUGGACGGCAGAAAUGCAAUAGUGGAGGGUCUGGAUGAAGACAGGCUGAGGGAAGUGGAGGAGGAUCAGCAGUUUAAUGAAAUGAUGCAGAAUCUUGGAGUAAAGAAAGCCAAAAAUAAGAGGAAAUCCUCCAUCUCAAAACUGUUCAGGCGAAGAAGUAAAAGACGAGUGGAAUGAAGGUGCUUUUUUUACUAAAUUUACAUUAUCAUCCCCCCUUUUAAAAUGUUUCAAGGUUUUUACAAUCAAGUACUGCAGUGCAUAGUGUACUAAUGAGAAGGCAAAUGAAGAGAUGUCAAAUAAAGAAGUGUAAUGGAUAAAAUCACGUGUUUCUAGUUGUUUCAGAAUAUUUCACGCUAAAAGUUAUGUUUAAAUUGUAUUUAUGUUCAACAUUCACCUUCUGUUCUUUGCUGUUAUUCACAAGUAAAGUUAGAAUUUCUAAAUGAUUCAAGCUUUGCUUUCACAAUGGGUGUCACGUUUUUUCAGAAUAGUUUUUCAGUUUAUUUACGUGAAAUGCAGAUGUGUGUAUUUUCCUUUAUAUUAAUUUCACUUCAGUAGAGGACUGUCACAAAAAAUUCUUUAGUCACGGAUAUAUUUGUUAGGUAAAGAUUCUGUAUAUUUAUUGAAUGAUUGGAUUGUAAUUGUUAAUUUUUAGCAAAUCAACUUGCACUGGGUCAAACUAAUUGGAUGUCGGGAGUUAAAAACAUAAGCUAUCAGGGUUUUCAAAUUACAGAGGGAACACUGGCGGUUCCACAUGCAAAUAUGAGUUAGAAUAAAUGUGUAAUCCUUCAACAGUCUUGAUCCAAAAUGAAAUUAUUUCAGUAUUUAUUUAAUAAUGGAUUUUAACAAAUUUCCUGUAAGGAUAUUAGCAGGAGGAAAACGCCUUGACAAUUUAGUUUGAAUGGCUGUGGAGUGUAAAAUGGAGAGCCACACAUGCGUUGUUGCAGGCUGUAGUUCCCCUCUCCCGCUGUACUGUAGGUGGCAGCCUGGGUAUGCUGUAUCACAAGGCAAGAACUUGGAAAUCCAAUUUGCCACAGUACGGACAGUUAAUUUCUUUGCUAAUUUUAUAAAUGCUGCAAAAAUGUUCAGCUGUGCUGAUGCAAUAAUGUUAUGUGAAAGAGGAUUAGGUAGAGGCCGGGGAAGGCUUAUAAACUAUAUGUUGUAUUGAGCUCUUAUCUUCAAACCGGGUUUAAUUAAACAUUACUCUUUACUAAUAUCUCCAUCAGAAAUGCUCCGUACCUGAGCUAUUAAAAUGUUCAAAGGUUGGUUGGAGUCAUUCAUGUGUGAAAAUGGCAUUCGCAGUGUUUGUGAGGAAUGUACUGUAAUGUUGCAUUUUAAGUGUUUCUGAAUAUACUUUUACUCUAUUUAUAAUAUUUUUAAACUUGAAAUCUGU